AUGGUGACCUAUCUCGCUCCUUUUUACAACGAAACGGACGACUUCCUGUGAGUAUCAUAACCCAAGCUAUUUAUUUCAACUCGUGUUAUUUGUGCGCAUUUCUCAUUUUUAAAAUUUAGAGUGACGACAUAACGCAGAGAGGAUUGUUUCGGAUGAGUAUGAUGCUAGGCAACUAAUUGGUUUUCUUCACUUAUUUCAUACAUUUUUGAAAAUUUUUUAGAAGCUUAUUCUCCCUUGUCUCGGUGAUGCAGUCGAGUUACACCGGUAGCAAUAUAAGCUGUCUUGGAAAAAUUUUGUUAUAGAGCAAUGAGAAGGGUACGGUUUGUUUGAUUUUACAUAAUAUUUCGACUGACAUUUUAGAAUUCAAAUUUUUGCGUAAGCUGAGCUUUUUAUUUGAAUAAUCUGGCCUUAAAAUUCUGCCCAUUUCUCCCCCCUUCUCUAGUAUACGCUGUGUCACUUUUUUCCCUACAAUCUUGAAUUCUAUACUAGAAAUGCUGUCGGAACCAUAUUCUCUACAAUCUUCGAAGCGAAGAUCUUUUGAUAUUUCAAAACCCAAAUUAAGAGCUCUGUCACUUUUGUAGAAAAUCCUGACACUUCUCUUUGUAUAUAUUGGACUGCAUCAAAUCAUGAACGAUCCGAUCUGAGCAACACAACUGAUAUUGCUAAGAAAAGAUUUGAAAAUUAAUAAUUGAAAAUUACAAUUUAAAAAAAUUGGUGUUUCCUAACAUGAGGAACUUGGUUUACAAGUGCUCACCAUCUGAUAAUAGAUAGCAGUGCCUAAAUGCAACGAAACAUUGUCUUUGAAAGCAAACCUUAAUUAAUCAGCAAAAAAGCUUUGAAAAAUUCUGAGUUGAAUAAACAAGUUGUUAUUCAUGUCCUAUAUUCCAUGAACUACGUAAAUACGAUGUACUGCGAUUGGUAGACUGGACGCAAACAUGACACGAAUAUAUAUAUAUAUAUUUUUUUUAAUAUGGCAGUGUAUGUUUAAAAACAUGGCGUGCUCCAAUUAAUUGGAUAAAAGGUUGUACUUUUCAUCACAAUGAAAAAUUAGUAAAGACUGUUCAAAUAUAAGCUAUUGUUUGCUGGGCGUUAAAGCAAGUACAGUAAUCCUUAUUCUUGCAUUGAGAAUGACUUCACCAUUUGUUAAGACUUCCGAUUUUUUUUCUUAAUUUAGAGACAUCGACUGAUGACUAUAAGAAGUCAGCGCUCACAAGUUUGGCACUUUGUCGUUUAAAGUCAUUAUGAAAAUGAUGUACUUUCCAUGAUUACUUACAUUUCCUCUCACCAUCAUUAGAUAUCAAAACAAAUUAUCAACCGAGCUUUGCCUAAAGAUAGAACACCUACUCGGCGUGGUGAUAUUGACGCCAAUAGUCUAUAUCACAAGAUAUAUAUACGAGGAAAUUUCUUGAGAUCAAAGAUUAUUCAAGUUUAUGUUUCUCUUCUCGUGAGUGUUUAUCUGAGAAAAAGAAAACCACACACCCAAUGAUGCACACAAAUACAAAAAAAAAAAUGGAAAAAAAAAGAGAGAAACGAAAAACACGCGAAGGAACACAGUGAGAUAAAAUGAACAAUAUUUGUUAUCCUGGUUUCCGUUGACACCUGCUGUCACGUCAAAUUGUAAAUAUACAAAUAUUGCCUUACAUUUUUCUACAACUGGCGAAGAAACCAUAUUUGUAUUUAUCUCGAAAGUAAACUAGUGUUAUCCCACCAGUUAAAAACUACCACUCAAAAUCGAUCCUUUAGGUAAAAUGCAACAUUUCAUGCUGCUAGCACUACACAUGCUCCCAAUCAUUGUCACAUUGUACCAAAACAUUAUAUUUAGCUGGAGGUCAGUACGAAAUAGCAAUAUAGAUAUGGACAGGUUUAAGUGCGUUUAAGACCUUGAAAAGAGCGGUUAAGACGAAAAAUUUAUAAAUUAGAAAAUUAGAAAUAAAAAAAAUUUAUAAAAAUUAUACGAGCAUAUGCAUUAAGAGCGCUUUUCAAUUAAGUGUCUUAAUACUAAAGCCAAAGUUGUAAUAAUAAUGACCAAUCAGAGCAGAGGAAAAAACCGUCAAUGAGAACUCAAAGUAAAACGAACUAAACUAUCAGGAAAACGCGCGCAACCAAGUCGUGAUUGGUUUAAGUUUUACUUCUGAUUGGUCACCAGUCGGGAGUAAAAGAGGGUAGCGAAUAUUUCUGGACCAAUCACACAGCGAGGUGAAGCAAAACCAAUUCAAUUCAGGAUUACUUUCAGUAUUCAAUUGAAAAUUGCUCAACAUAAUAAUUUUGUUUGUUACAUGUUAUUUAUUUUUUUCCUUUUCCUUAAAACGAAUAUUUCUUAACGAAAAAAAAGGAACAAAAAGACGUAUACCUUUCAAUCCAAUUGGUUUCACGGUAUAAUUUAAUCGACAGAAAGACCACUUCAAUCCUACAGACUCAACUACUUCAACGAGAAUUGCAAUAUUCUUAAGAAAGAGCGAAUCCUAAAGGCAGUACGGUAAUUAUCCUCAACAAACUUAAGCCCAUUACAAUCUAUUUCUUAGCUCACCACUGACACAAACACACAUUUGUCUCCAAAGUUCCUCGAAAUGAACAGUCUUCUACGGUAGCUCUCUCUCGGUAUAGCUUUCCCAACCGUAAGUCACUCCCGACAACAACAACAACUACUACUUCUACACAACUGAGUUCUUAUAUACACUCACAAAGUAUUCUACAUGAAAGUUUACAACACCACUAUUUUGGUAGUAUUACAUCACGACUACAAGACCUAAUGGAAUGCUCCAGAAAGUUCAAUGGUAUGCAUGUCAGCUUGGCUGAGAAUUCUAGAAAGUUCUACAUAUUUAUCUUACGGGUAUUAUCAAUAGCAUUGAUGUCUCUAAUCUCUGUUUUAUGGUUGCUAGAGGUGUGGUCAGUAUCGAUGUGGUACUUAGCGACAUUGACAUUAACCAGUGUGACGAGCAGGAGUCCUCUGAAUCUGGUGAAGGAGAGGGGAAAGGACUCGGAUAUGCAUCUGAUAAUUUAAUGGAAUUCAUGGGUACUCAUCUCUGCAAGAAAUCAACAGAGGUAAAAGUCAUAUUUCUAGAAAGGUAAAAAGAAUGUAAGCAAACCAUUUAGCUCUGGUUUAUAUGAAGUAAGGAACGAUUUUGAUGGUAAUCGUUUGCCUGAGUUUAAAUGAGGGAGGCCUCUUAGCCUUACACCGUGAAGUUAUUGACUUUAAGACCCAUGUAGCAUUCUCCAAUUGUCUUUGGUCAGUUCUGAUCCGUCAAGAAGUUAAUUUCGUGGUUUGUAAGGUGUGGGUAGUAAUGAAAUUUGUUGAGAGGAGAAUGUUCUAAGUUGAUACCAAUAGCUUUCAGAAGCACCCUACGGAGUAAGUUGGAAAUGCAGCGGCCUGAAAUUAGCGCACUGGACUUCGAGUCGAGAUCGAGGUCAGGAUUCGAGAAUUGGCCAGGUAGUUGCGUUUUGUUCUUGGACAACAGUGCUUCUCUCUACCUGGGAGUAAAGAUGAGUAGCAGUAAAUUAGUAGGAAUACCUAAAGAAAAACAAUCCAUAGGGACAGAUUAUGGAGUGGCAUUCAAUGAUAGAAGAGUAGGCAAACUCCUUGCCGCCUCAAGCGACGGAAACCGGGAUAGGCUCUGACCGGCGUGAGGCAUUUGGCUCACGAGUACACCUUUAUUUUUACCUCUGUAUAAUGCUAGUAAGAUAAACAGUUCUAGAUUGACCAAGAGAACAUAAACUGGGGAUGGGAAUAAGUUCUCUCCGUUUAUAUUCUCUUGGAUUGAUCUAAUACGAUCACUGACUGUGAUGGACAAGUACACGAAAAGAAAACUGCAUCUUGGUAACGGCCACCGCUCUUAUUGUGUUUCUUGAACAGUGUCAAGCAAUCCACAAUCAAGGAUUCAAGCGAGGGAGCUACAUAUGUACAUGUAAGCGAGGCUUUUACUUCCCUGACAGUCAGGCGUCUGUAAAGGCUUUUAACGGAACCCUCAUUGAGCUCCAACACGAUCGAUAUCUACAAGGCGACCCAAACUCUUACGAAGAGGACUUCGAAUGCAUUCGUUGCAGUGUUGGAUGCGACGAGUGUGUUGACGACAAACCAUGCGUUUACAGCUCUAACAGCUAUAUCCGUUUACCGCUGUUUUUUCUGAAUGCAUUCGUUAUGUGUGUGGCUGUAGCAUUUGCUGUAUGCGUGGGAAUACACUGGAAUAAUAAGGUAUGCUAAAUUUACUAUUCUCCAUUUGGAGAAGCAGACAGAUUGUGUGUAGCAGCAUAGAAACAAGCAUAUCGUGACACCAAAUGAUUGGAUGCCAUCACAGCGCAAGCAAGUGUAACAAAACUUUUGCGAAUAAUUUGACCGCCACGUUACUUUGUCAUUGGCUUUUCAGUGUUUUCUGGUACGGCUAUAUCAGAAAGCUACAUGAAGUGCAUCCAGUUAUGUGCCGCAUUCAGGCCAAUCCUGAUUAUAGAAAAAGGAUAAUUCGCAUUGAAAUAAAAAAUACGAUCAGGUUUAAAAAUUAGCUUUUCCAGAACUUGUCUUUGUUUUGUUUACUUUUUUCUCGGUCUGUCCCUUUUUUCGUUUUCAGAUUUUCAAGGCCUCCAGCCCGCGCUUCAUGGAAAUAAUACUGUUGGGCGCUACCUUAAUGUACUCAAAGGUAAGCAUUCUCCUUCAUAAUUGUGUCUUUGUAACCUUGUUAUUCCGCUGUCGUUUUUAAGCGUGAUUAUUUGCAUCUAUUUCCAGCUCAUCGUUUCAUACUUCGAACCUACAAGCCUCCGUUGUAUUGCACGACCCUGGUUGCGUCAUAUUGGAUUCGUUCUGGUGUAUGGAUCGUUGGCACUUAAAACCUGGAGGUAUGUGUGCAUUUUCAUUUCGUGAAGUAGUUUUCUAUAGAGAAGUAAACAGGCUCACAAACAAAAGAGUUGGCGAAAGGCAAAAUGAAAGACUAUCAGGAAGACAGGCAAACUGAAGAAACAGCCUGAGCCAAUAGGAGGUUCUCAGCCGUAAAAAGCCAUUAAUCCUUCGCCACCUCAGAUAAAGACAAGCCCAAGGAAAGCGGACAGACAAACAGACGGUCUGUCUCACAAAUAGUAGACAGACAUAUCGAAAGAGGGAUUAACACUAGAAGACUGAUGCUAGUUCUUUGCAGGGUGGCAUUAAUAUUUCAAGUGCGAUCGGCCCAGAGGCUCGCUUUAUCAGACGGGGUGUUGUUGAGACGGUUAGGUCUAUUAGUACUGUUAUACUCUGCUUAUCUCACUGUAUGGACUGCAAUGGCGCCGCCAGACAUUGAAGUGGUGAGGACAUCCGAUGACCUGAAGUUUACGCGCUGUGUAGAGAAUUGGUUUGAUUUUACGGUCAUAUUCGGUAUGUAACUGAUCUAGCGAUGGUUAAUUUCGGACGUCUUUUAUAAAUUUUCCCUUUUUAAAAGCAGUUAUUGUUUUGAUCGUACGCGGUUGUUUUGAACGAACGCACGGUUUGAAUAAAUUAUUUUUGCGCUUGAUGCGCGCUUUGCUUAUGUUUAAUUAUGAUAGGCCAUCUCGUAUUUUUCCAUGUAUAUUAUUAACACGUAAUCACACGAUUUUUCUCGUACAAUUUGGAAUAAACAAGCACUUGUUAAUUUUUUCAAAGACCACAAAUUGCACUCGCCCUACGGGCUCGUGCAAUUUUGUUAGUCUUUAAAAAAAUUUACUCGUGCUUAUUUAUUCCAAAUUGCACUCGAAAUCAUUUAAUAAUACUAAUACGGAUAUGGGGCUUCCCUGUGCGCUCACUUCGCGCGCCAAGAGCUCCGCUUCUAAAAAUGGUCAAUCGAAACCAGAUUCAUAUCGCAAAGAGCCAAUGGGAACACAACACAUUAUAGAUCCUUUAAUCGUUUUGUACAAUCGCACAUUCUGAAUAGUACAAGUGAUCUGAUGAAAUUCAGAUUCUGCCCUGAGAAUGUGAUUCACACUUCACUCACGGUCGUCGCUGUCGUUAAGAAGGUUCUGAUCUUAGCGAGGUUCAUUACAAAAGCGCAAUUCUCUUUUAGCGUCAUAUAAAAAAAUACCGCGCAGCCAGUUCCAAGCGCAGAAAACCAGAGGGAGGAAGUCAAUAAUGUCUUAUUAACUGGUUGAAAAAGUGGUUCGGGUCUUCUCCCAUUAAUGACGAAGGCAAAUCAGGUAAACCCAAAGUUACAUUUAACAUUUCCUCCACUGAAAAAAAAAAAUUUGUUUUAAUCAUGAUUAACGAGUGCAAACCAUUUUCAGCCGGGGACAUUGCGUUGUUGAUUUGGGGAAUGUGGCUUUGUUACAAGAUCAGAAAUGCACCGGCAGCUUAUAACGAGAGCAAGUACAUUAGCUGGGCCAUUUAUAACGCUAUGUUCGUCACCAGUUUCCUUAUGGUGGUCAGGUUUGUGCAAGACUACAUGAAAUACAUUUUGGGGUGUUCUAUUUCCUUGUAACCAAGAGAGUUACAUCACCAGACUGAAACUCCCAUAUAUCGUCAUGUAUAGUCCUCUAUGCAACGAGUCCCUCUCAAGCUUAUGCUAAAUUCCAAACCAAUUGGAGAAAAGCCGCGCGCAAUAUUCGAAAGGCAGAACUGAAAGCAAAAGACCUUCUAUGCAGAUCUCAAAGAUUAACAUAGUCGAAUCUAUCACAUUUAUAAAUGAAUCCCCCAAGCGAUUUUCUUUUAAACUCCAAUUCAUUGAUGAUCUUGAGCAUUACCAGACUGAAAGUCCCAUAUAUGGUCAUAUAUAGUCCUUUAUGCAACGAAUCCCUCUCAAGCUAAUGCCAAAUCCCAGACAAAACGGAGAAAAGCUGCACUCAACAUUUGAAAGAUAGUAACUGAAAGCAAAAGCCACUCCAUGCAGAUCUCAAAGAUUAUCAUCGUCGACAUUUAUAAAUGAAUCCCCCAAGCGUUGUUCUUUUUAACUCCAAUUCAUUGAUGAUCUGCCAAGUCUAACGUGAGUUUCCCUCAUUGUUUGGUUGAGCAUUUUUUUCAGUUUUGAGUUUUGUUCGUCGGCUUGAUAUAUCUCACCAGCUAGUUCAUAAGACUACAACAACUUUUUACAACUCAUUUCCGAAUCUCAGUUCUAACUGUCAAUUUUGCUGCCAUACCAGGAUCACAACGAAAAGAAGAACCAACCCAGAUAUGAUGUAUGCUCUAGACUUUGUUCUGAUUCACAUGGACUGUUCUACUGUGUUAUUUCUGAUGUUCAUCCAUAAGGUAAAGUAAAGCCUGCACUCAAGCCCAUUGGCCAUGACCCAACCACUUACAGCUAACCCCGGUUUCCAUGUAGCAUGAAGCAACUAGGAGCAUAACUACUCCCCACAGGAAGAGAUGCUAGUCCAGAACAUAUAAAAAACAGCGAAAGCUGACGUGUGUAGCUGUCUGGAGAACAUGAGCCUGUCUGAGUUAAGCCUUCUGGCCCACCAAUCACACGGCUUUGUUGCAAAAACUUAAAGGAAAAGUUUAUUUUUCUGAUUUGAAAAAAAAAAAGUAGAGUUUUUGUAUUUGUACAAUUCUCUUUAGGUUCUCCUGUGUACUCCUGCCUAAUGAGUCCUUCUUAGUCACGAUUAAAUGUCCAUAGCAAGGUUACCCUCUAUCUCGAUCAGUCAAAAGAUAAGUCUCUUCUUGUAAAUGCCAACCAGCCUUAUGCUAUACCGUGUGCAUUGUGCGUUUGUUUGGCUAAAAAAUCCACAGUACUUUAAGAAGAUACUAAAAUUGACUUCCAAAUAAAAUUUAAUUUAAACUUAAACGCCCCCAACCCUUAAUUAAUGAAUUAGAACACCGUAUUUUUGUCAAAGUAACGAAGGGCACAAGAUCAAAGACAGGGGAGGAGGUUUGCCGAGCGUUUACAGGAAGUUUUUAGUCUGGAUGUCUUUUAAGUGGCCAAGAUGGCCAACUGUUAUAAGGGAUGUAAGACCACUAUGAGAUUUGAUUUAUUUUCGUCAGAUUGUAGCAUCUUAUGUGCGUAUUUUUCCCUUUCAUUAGUUUUUGUUGUUACGCCAAAUGCAAAAAUCAGUGAAUAACGCUGUUCCGUCAAACAACAACAACAUGCUUGUAUCAGAUGACGAAAUUGUUGUGGAAAGAAUACCUUAUAACCAAGAGGACUUAUUGAUGAAAGAAAACCAAGUAUUGAAGGUAGGACAAUGACACUCCUUUUCUAAGAUGGUCGGAGGUGCAUUGAUCAGAUGGACAGAAUGAAAGUGCGUGCGCUGACUUAAGCGAUUACUUUUUAACGGCUCAGCCUCAUUUUUGGAUCAAUUACCCAUAAACUGGAACUCAUGCUAAUGCAAUGAUUUUUUGGAUCCUGCAUUGGCACAUCUACAUUAAUUACAAUCAAACAGCAGAAAGGAAUUGAUGAAAUAGGAACAAGCCGAAAAAAAAUCAUUUUCCUGUCAUAAAAUCAUCUAAAACAUGUUAAAGGUCACACAAUUGACACUCUCUCUGCAAUUUGGAUUUAAAAGCUUCUUCAGUCCAAUCCGAUACGUACGUAAGAUACGUACGACCGGUCUAAGCGCCAGAGAAGGCGAAUGACUAAAUUGGAACAUUCUAAGUUUGUAUCUGUUAAAAGAUUUCGGCGGACAGGUUGAAAUCCUCUUAGCCACACAAUUUGGUUACUUAAUGACAGUUUACUUUAGAAGAUCAUUAGACUUCUGAAAUAUGUCACACACCGCUGAGUGCGCGGGUAUUUAAAAAACAGACACAGUUUUUAAACCUUCUAAAUAACUCAUCAAGUGAUAUGACUCGACAACGAAGUGAAUUCGUUCGCCCAAAGCUAUUUAUCCUUUUAGCAGGUUGCGAGGAUUUCUUUCUCUAAAACAACUGAAAAUCAUCGUGAAGCAAAUGCAAUGCAAAAUCUAACUAGACAUUUGAGGGAAAAAUGCUUUAUUUGUUCAUCUUCCUCUAUAGACGGAUGCGACUAAAUUGUUAGUCUAAGUUUACUAUGAAACAAAUAUUUACUUUUCUGAAAAGGACGAGAUGCGGCGACUGAGUGAAAAACUAGCUGUUCUUCAGUCUCGCCUGAUGACAGAUGACAACCAUCCAGUAGAUAGUAUAACUUCUCGCCGACGACAGCGAGCUUUCACCGCACCUGUUAAAGAAACAGGAGGUGAUCUGAAAGCAAAACGACUGCCAUUACAGCUGCCACUAUCACAGCUGCCGCCAUCACAGCUACCUCACUGCCAACGAGACAAGGAAAAGUCCUCCAAGAAUCUGAUGUCCAACGUUAAUGAAAGCCAGGAAGCGAGUUUUCCACAGGAGCUGAAUCAGGCAUCAUCUUCAACAUCAUCGCUCAGUUCGAUUUCCGUGCAUAGCAGAGAGGUUUCCCAGAAAAACGCAUCUGAUUCUCAGUAA